AUGGCCAAUCUGUGGCUAAAUCUAAUCUGUGCAUUGGCAGUAGUCUUCUUACUAGCCAUCAAUGUAGCAGCUGAUGAUCACAAGCCUUAUGUUUAUGCAUCUCCACCUCCACCACAUUACCCUCCUCCUUACAUCUACAAAUCCCCACCUUCUCCAUCUCCAUCACCACCCCCUCCCUAUGUCUACAAAUCCCCACCUUCUCCAUCUCCAUCACCACCCCCUCCCUAUGUCUACAAAUCCCCACCUCCCCCAUCUCCAUUACCUCCUCCACCCUACAUCUAUAAAUCUCCACCACCUCCCUCACCGUCUCCUCCACCUCCUUACAUUUACAAAUCACCACCACCACCAUCUCCAUCACCUCCUCCUCCAUACGUCUACAAGUCACCACCUUCCCCAUCACCAUCACCUCCUCCUCCCUACAUCUAUAAAUCUCCACCACCACCCUCACCAUCCCCUCCACCUCCUUAUAUUUACAAGUCACCUCCACCACCUUCUCCUUCACCACCUCCUCCAUAUGUCUACAAAUCACCACCUCCUCCAUCUCCAUCACCUCCUCCUCCCUACAUAUAUAAGUCUCCACCACCACCCUCACCAUCUCCUCUGCCUCCUUAUAUUUAUAAGUCACCUCCUCCACCCUCUCCCUUACCUCCUCCUCCAUAUGUCUACAAGUCACCACCUCCUCCAUCUCCAUCACCGCCUCCUCCAUAUGUCUACAAGUCACCCCCUCCUCCAUCUCCAUCACCUCCUCCUCCAUAUAUUUACAAAUCACCACCACCCCCAUCUCCGUCACCACCUCCACCCUAUGUCUACAAGUCACCUCCUCCUCCAUCCCCUUCACCCCUUCCCCCUUAUGUUUAUAAAUCUCCACCACCACCAUCCCCACCACCGCCAUCCCCAUACUACUAUAAAUCACCACCACCUCCGAAAUACUAA